AUGCAGUUUCCGAACCGGCUCAAGAUCCCGCUAGUGCUGGUGCUUGUGGCGCUGUUCGUGGGCCUUCAGAUCUACAUCGUGUCGCGCUUGGACAUAUCUCCGACCGCCGACCGGUCCUUUGACGCGUUCUCCAGGCCACGACGAUGGAAGCCAUCACCAUCGCCGAUCGCUGUGGCCGAGAAAAGUGCCGCCGCCAACUUUGCACCGCGACAAAAGUUCAUUCCAUUACCGCAUGAAGGGGUCAACGAAACCCAAAUUGCCCGACAGGAUGCCAUUCGACGCGCCAUGCAGCAUGCCUGGUCAGGGUACGAGACACGAGCGUUUGGUGCAGACGAAGUGGCACCCGUGUCCGGGGAGAGGCGGCAGAACGUCUGGGGCGGCAUUGGCGUGACCCUCGUGGACUCGCUGGACACGCUUUAUAUCAUGGGCAUGCAUGACGAGUUCCAACGCGCGCGGGACUGGGUCGCGAACGAGUUGGAGUUUUCACAUUUGGGCCGCGACGGCGACACUAUCAGCGUGUUUGAAGUGAUCAUUCGCGAGCUUGGAGGGCUGCUUAGCGCGUACGAUCUGUCCCAAGACAACCUGUUCAAGGCCAAGGCCGUGGAGCUGGCCGACUUGCUCCUCCCAGCGUAUGAAGACCAGGUGUUUUACACCAAGUUGAACGUGUUUACCAAACGCAAAUCCAUGAACCAUUGGACGCACUACCGGGCGUUUUUGGCGGACGUGGGCACGCUGCAGUUGGAGAUGCGGUACCUAAGCGACAUCACGGGCAACUCGGAGUAUGCCGAGAAGGGCGACGCAUUCUACGAUGUGAUACAGCGAGAAGGAUCGUACGAGCACACGGGACUGUUUCCAGUGCACUUUGAACCAGACUCAGGCACGUUUUCCCGAUCCGAUACGUUUGUGACGAUUGGGGCGCUGGGGGAUUCGUUCUACGAGUACUUGCUCAAGGUGUGGCUGUACAGUGGCAAACGAGCGGACGACCUCUUCCUUCGACGAACAUACGACGACGCGGUCGCGGGCAUGGAAAAGCAUUUAUAUGUCCAUUCAGUCCCAGAUGAUGCGUACUUCCUGCAGGAACUGCGCAUUCCGCAGAUGGAGGGCACGCCCCAGCAAGACCACCUGCUCUGCUUUGUGCCGGGGAUGCUGGCGCUGGGCUCGGUGGGGGAAACCAACGCCACGAAAGCGGCCGUGCACUUGGACAUGGCGACGAAACUCAUGCACACGUGCGUGUCGUACUACACGCGACAGCCCACGGGCCUCGCGCCGGAUUUGAUGCACUUCCCCGGGUUUGACGUGCUAAACUCCAUCUACAAGCUACGCCCCGAGACCAUCGAGAGUCUCAUGUACAUGUACCGUGUCACACACGAUCCAAUCUACCGGGAAUGGGGGUGGACGAUCUUUGAAGCGAUUGAAAAGCACGCCAAGACCACGUUCGGGUAUGGCGCCGUGCGGAAUGUGCACAACCUCACGGACGCGUUCAUUGAAGACAAGAUGGAGAGCUUCUUCCUUGCCGAGACGCUCAAGUACCACUACCUGCUCCAGAGCGCGCCGUCGUUUGUGCCGUUGGAUCAGUAUGUGUUCAACACGGAAGCACAUCCGUUGAGGAUCAACCGCAACCCAGCAACAACGAACUAA